AUGCCUGGCCGGUGCUCCAUUCCCAAAUCGGCUGGCAUGCUCGAUGGACGUCUGUUUCGUCUCAUCAACAUUAUUUUGCUUUCGAAAGCUUUUUCGCAAAUAGAUGCCGUAUGGACGGAAGACGACGAAGCACAGAGAAUCGCUAUGGUGGGUCCAUACUGUCUCCAGUUAACAGUGAACGAUUACAUUGGAAAGAUUGGGUAA